AUGUCGACGACCACUUCCGUAGCCGCCUCUCCCACUUGCGCAGCAAGCCUCUACGACAUUCCCGUCCAAGAUGCGGCCUGUGCCAUUGCGUACGGCGGUAACCACACCGACAUCAUGUCCAACUGUUGCAAGUCCGCGGACGUAGUCAGCUACUACGGCAACUGCGGCCUCUACUGUCUCGCCGAGGGCCAGAACGUGAAGGAGCUCACAGACUGCCUCCACGAACAGGGUGCCGGCUGGGGCGACGUCUUCUGCAGAGGCAACGAGACGGCAACAGCAACGGCCACGGGCGCGGCGCUGCCGACCAGCGCCGAUGCCAGCGUCGCCGCUAGCGGUGCAGGUGGGAGCAAGACGGGCGACAAGACUAGCUCCGGCGCCAGCUCAACGUCGUCUUCCACUGGCAAUGCAGCACCGCGUACAUCGCCUGACUUCAACGUUAGCACACUGGGUCUGACCAUCGGAGCUUUGCUCUUCUCCGCGACUGCGCUUGGUGCUUUCUCCCUGUGA